GAAGUGUUUAUAUGCAUGCGUAGUGUUUCUGUUCAGCAUAUUGUUCUGACAACUGAUUCUCAUUUGAUUUUCUUGUUUGGAAGGAUGCAGGUGCUUUUACAGGUUAAUGUUGGUGUUGAAUUUUUGAAAAAUCCUGUCCUUGAAAUUCUUCAAUUUGAGAAAUAUAAUGACAAAGAUUUGAUUUCUGAGAACCAGACGAAUGCAGCAUCUGUGGACCAGGACCCAUGUGGAGACCUGUUAAAAUGGUUACUUCCUUUAGAUAACACUCUUCCACCACCAGCUCGUCCACUUUCUCCUCCCAUAAGUUCCAAUACAGGAUUUGGAAGUACAGCUCAAAAAUCCAAUCUCACUUCUUCGUCCGGUUCACAACUUUUCUCUUUUGGCAACUUUAGAAGCUACUCCAUGUCAUCCCUGCCCCAAAAUAGUACCCCACCUCCUGCAUCUGUCAAAUCUUCUGGUUCUAAACCAAGCUUUAAUCCUGAAGAUUGGGAUCAGUAUUCAUCUCAAAAGCUUCGGAAGAGUCAAAAGACUGAUGCUGAAGAGCUUUUAUCUUUCCGUGGUGUGUCAUUGGAGCGAGAAAGAUUUUCUGUUCGCUGUGGACUGGAAGGCAUCUAUAUGCCAGGAAGAAGAUGGACCAGGAAACUAGAAAUUAUACAACCUGUAGAAAUUCAUUCUUUUGUUGCUGACUGCAAUACUGAUGACUUGCUCUGUGUCCAAAUAAAGAAUGUUACUCCAGCACAUGCACCAGAUAUUGUGGUUUAUAUAGAUGCUAUUACAAUUGUUUUUGAAGAGGCUUCAAAAGGUGGACAACCACUAUCACUUCCAAUUACGUGUAUUGAAGCAGGAACUGAUCACAGCUUGCCAAAUCUAGCCCUCAGGAGGGGUGAAGAGCAUUCUUUUAUCCUCAAACCCGCGACAUCUUUGUGGAGAAGCAUUAAGGCAAAUGGUGAAAAAAGUACUCAAUCAUCACAGUUACCUACUGGAAUUACAUCAAGUUUACAUCUUUCUCAGACUGUUGAAGGAAAGAGAAAGGUUUUUACUGCAGAUCAAUAUGCUAUUAUGGUCUCAUGUCGGUGCAACUAUUCUGAAUCAAGAAUGUUUUUCAAGCAGCCCACAAGUUGGCGACCACGUAUCUCCAGGGAUCUUAUGAUCACUGUUGCAUCUGAAAUGUCUGGUCAACACCGGCCUAACGGAGGAUCUUAUCAGCUUCCUGUUCAAGUGUUAACGCUUCAGGCUUCAAACUUGACAUCAGAAGAUCUAACUUUGACAGUUCUUGCCCCAGCUUCAUUUACUUCACCACCCUCAGUGGUCUCAUUGAAUUCUUCACCCACUUCACCUAGAAGUCCCUUUAUCAGUUUUCCUGAGAAUACAAGUUCAAAUGGGGAUAAACGUUUCUCUACAGUGCAGAGGUUGAGCUCAGCACCCGCUUCAUCUGGAAAUCAGAAACUGGAUGAUCAUAGUGGAGCUCGAUCUGCUUCAUUCAAUGAGUUGGCUUCUCCCAGAUCCGACAUCAUUCCUAGUAGCAGUGUAGGUUGUACACACCUGUGGUUACAAAGUAGAGUACCGUUGGGAUGCGUACCCUCUCAUUCUACUGCAACCAUCAAGCUUGAGCUUCUUCCGCUGACCGAUGGCAUCAUUACUCUGGACACCUUACAGAUUGAUGUCAAGGAAAAAGGUAAUCUCUUUCUGCUUAUGUCUUGCUCUGCUUUUUUUACAGCCCCACCAUUGAAACACCAACUCCAUUAUUGCUGUAACGCCCGUACUUUUCAUAAAUUACUAAUUUAGUUACAAGCGUUAAAA